AUGAAUUAUGCAAACCCAUUUUCAUUAACAUCUUAUACUAGUAUUUUAAGUCCAAAAGAAUAAAGAAGCAGACUAACUAGUUUCCUAUCUAAUAACCAAUCCAUUAAAUCAAAUAAAUCUAUGUCUCCCAAGAUGAAUUUUAUUCCACAAUCAAAAUUCCUGAAGACAGAUUAAUUAUCUCCUAAAUCUUAAUUUUUUACUAAAAAUGACAAUUAAAAGCUUCCAAAAAAAACUACUGAUAGAAUUAAGUUUGUUUCUGAACAUACAUCUACACCUUAUUUAUACAUUCAAAAAAAAAAAAAUGAAAUUCGCCUUCCAAUUUUACCUAAAUUGUCGCCUGAACCUAAAAUUGAAAGUACUAGAAUUCCAGAUAUUAAUAUAAUGACUGAACCAACCAUUACAAUAGAAGAAUAAGGAGAAGAAUUUAAAAGUAUAACCAAGUAAAGAAAACAAUAACAAUUACUCUUAAAUAAAUCAAAUAAUUUAUUAUAAGUCUCUUAAUUAUCAUAAAAUUAAGAUGAUUAGUUAUCAAAUAGCAAACUUUCUAUAAGAUCCAGAUUUAAGAAAGCUGUACAAAGUUCAUUUCAUUCCCCACCAAGGAAAGUAUCAUUUUAUAUAUUUAGUCCUUAUUUAAUGUGAUUAUAUCCCAUGAAUUCAAUGUUUUACAUGAAGAAGAAGGAUUUGAACUUCAAAAAAGAUUUGAACCUGGAAAUUAAAUUCUUGCAUCAAAGUUUCUUAUGAAAAUUAAACAAAAUGUUACAAAAAAAUAAAAAUUUAUAAAAGACAACAUUCAUCUUAAGAAGGGAUUUGGACUUAUUAAUAUAGAAUAAUUUAAUGUUUCUACAAAAGCAUUUUAAAGAAAAAUAAAUCUAAUUCAUUCUACAUCUUCAAGAAGUCUUAUGCAUUAAGAAUAAUUUUCAUUAUUACCUAAAUCUUCGAGAAAAUCUAUUAAUAGCAUUAAUUCAUAGACAUAGAAUAACUUUUUGUUUGUCACUUCUGAUAAAAAAUUAGAUAAAUUAAAUUACAAUUCUAAAUAGUAAAAUUCUAAAGAAAAGGGGAAGGAAUUAGAUUAAAUAAAAGUUUUUGAAAAAACUAAAUUUAAUAUUAUUAUAACAUAUGAAAAUGUUGAAAAACUAGUUUUAUAAUUUAAUAGACCUUAAUAUUUGAAUUAAUAAAAAGAUACUACUGAAGAAAUAACCCCUCUUUUACCACCAUAAUCAUCUAGAUAAAUAGUGCCAUUAUCCUUUAUUCCUUCAAACAAUUUAUAAUCAAGUAGGAAACUUGAUUACAAUCAAUCUUCAAGAAAUUUAAUGGCAAAAAGAUUUUCUCUAUUAUCAGUUCCGAGUAUAUUUUCAGAAGAGGCAGGAAAUAAUGCUGAUCUAAAAUAUGACUUUAGUAAAGUAAAUUAUAUUUAUAAUCAAUUAAGCCAAAUCUAUAUGUUAGAGUUUACUAUUAAAAUAAAUUAUAUAAAUUGAUGCAAAAAACUAAUUAUACUAAAUCAAAUUUAUAAGAAAUGGAAGAAAACUUUCGACCUAAAAUAGCCUUAACUAGUAGCACAAUUUUAACAAAUAUUUACACAGUUAUGUCUACUUCUGAAUAAGGUAUUAGAUAAAGAAAGAUCACAAAUGAAAAUCUAAGCGAUAAAUACUAAUUUUUAGGGAUUCAAUUUCCAAAAUAUUGUAUAGAAAAAGAAAAGAUGAUUUAUAAUUAUGAAGAUGAAAAUACAAAUCGAUCAGGAACUUUUACAAGCGAAGAAUCUGAUGAUGAUGUUUCAUUAGACAAUUUUUUGGAGAGUCCUGCCAAAAACAGUAAUUUAUCUUAUAAAAAAAAGUUUAGAACCAGUAACACAAUAGAAUAUAUGUUUAAAGAGCCAACAAACUUUAAAUUAUCAAGAUUAAUAUAAUUAAUAGACGUAGACUUAAUUCAUUAAGGAUGAACCUCCAGAUGAAAAAUGUAAAUAAUUGUCAUAAUUAUAGAAUUAUCAACUGGAGCAUUGAUUUUGAUUAAAAAAAUAAGAAUGGCUUAUUAAAUACCUCUCUCUCUCUAACCAAUAAUAAGUGUUUUAGAAUAAAAAACCAAGAAUCAUAUAUUAACUUGCCAUGUGAUAAUGUGUGAAGAUUAAGAAAUGGGAGUUUUAACUGAUAAACACUAAAAGGUUUUUGAAGAAUUGAUCUAAUAUUAAAGAAAUUCAACAUUAAAUAAAGUUAUUAGUUAGGCUAUUGAUUUUAGAUACCCAAGUAUUUUAAUAGGAAGAUAUAAUUGCUAAACAAGAAUGAUAGAUGUUGAACAUUAAGAUCCUAUUCCAGCAACAACAAUAUUAGAAAAAUAAGAAAGUAGAUAUGAUAAACCAGAAACAUAACCUUAAUAAUAAAUUUAGAUAAGAAACUUAGCAAGAACCUAAAAGUUAGAUUAGAAAGAUUCAACAAAUAAGAGAUAAACUAUGAAUGCUGGAAAAAAAUAAAAUUAAAAUUAAUAAGGAUUAACUAAAUAAGAUUCAUUAUAAGUUACAUAACCUUAAUAAUGGAAUAGAAGGGCUAUGUAAUCAGGAGAGUUAACAAAUCCGCUUACAAUAACAAAUUAAUAAAAUUCAAAUUUUUUUACAUAAACUUCAACAGUCAUGAUUACUAAACCUACAAUAGCAUCAUAACAAUCUGUUUUUAGAGUAGCGAGUUCUAAACAUAUAGACAUAAAUAGUUCAUAAUAGGAUAUAAGCUCAUCUUUUCAUUCUUCUUAAAAUAGUGAAUCUCGACGUUCUAGUAAAGUAGAAUAAAUUCAACAUCAACACUCAUCUUAAACUUAAUAUACUUAACUUCCUCAAUAAUUAGUUUCACAAUUAAAAAUGUAAAGUUAAAAUGUGGACAGUUUUGAAAGUGCUUAAAUAGAAAAUGAUAAAUUUUAUUUAUUACAAGAGAGCAAGGUAUUAGUAAUUAGAUGAUUUAGAAUGCAUUAAGUAUGUAUAUGUAUGCUUUAAGAAUGAGAACUCAUAUUAAAGAAUCUUAACGUAGAUAAAAAUUAGAUACGAAAAAAUAAAUUUAAUUAGCUAUUUAUGAUCACAAUUUUACAGAAGUAUUACAUUGUAAUGUGCCUAGUUUAUAGAUAAUAUUUAAUUGAUAC